AUGCACAAUUUGGCAUUCCAACAAGUCGGGAACACAAACAAAGGCAAAUAUGACGCUGACGAAGCGUUGGUAGUCGCUCAUGUUAUUCAACAAAUACGCGAGGGUGUCAACGGUGGUAUCAAUGGGCAAGACGGAGUCUUGUUCAUUCAGCAAUACUAUCUGAAUAAAGGACUAAAAAUAUUCAAGGAGCGAGGUAAAGACACGGCCAUGAAAGAACUUGACCAAUUAAUCAAGAGCAGUUGCUGGACACCGAUCAGUAUUGAGAAACUAAAACCGACCAAAAGAAAGAAGGCCGUAGAUGCAAUGAUGCUACUUGCCGAAAAGAAUGAUGGCGUGACAAUCAAAGGGCGCUGUGUAUUCAAAGGUAACGAGACCCGGGAUUGGUUGUCUCGUGAAGACACUGCAAGUCCCACGGCUUCGCAUGAAGCUAUUAUCUGCACGGGUGUCAUUGAUGCCCACGAAGGGGCAAAAAUGAGACCCACUGAGAGAUACAGAAGAGAGAAAUCAAGAUUUGGACAGGCAUACCUGCAAAAAAGGAAUCCGUCUGUGCCAAACGUUUUGAGGAACAGGCGUGCGAUGAGAAGAAAGGCACGAAUGAAAAGACUCCGAGUCUUGCUGUAUCAAGCGAUUAAGAAACGAAUUCACACGCAAAGAAAUGGAGCACAGUUGCAAGGAAACCUUAAGCACGAGCGUUCCAUCCGAGAACGCGUGCACAAUUUGGCAUUCCAACAAGUCGGGAACACAAACAAAGGCAAAUAUGACGCUGACGAAGCGUUGGUAGUCGCUCGUGUUAUUCAGCAAAUACGCGAGGGUGUCAACGGUGGUAUCAAUGGACAAGACGGAGUCUCGUUCAUUCAGCAAUACUAUCUGAAUAAAGGACUAAAAAUAUUCAAGGAGCGAGGUAAAGACACGGCCAUGAAAGAACUUGACCAAUUAAUCAAGCGCAGUUGCUGGACACCGAUCAGUAUAGAUGCGAUGAUGCUACUUGCCGAAAAGAAUGAUGGCGUAACAAUCAAAGGGCGGUGUGUAUUCAAAGGUAACGAGACCCGGGAUUGGUUGUCUUGUGAAGACACUGCAAGUCCCACAGCCUCGCAUGAAGCUAUUAUCUGCACGGGUGUAAUUGAUGCCCAUGAAGGUAGAAACGUCAUGUCAAUGGAUAUACCUAACGCGUUUAUCCAAACAUUAAUGCCCGAGCAGGAAGAAGGAGAAGAUCGAGUAAUAAUGAAAAUUACUGGGCUGCUGGUCGACUACAUGAUUGACCUAGAUCCGACGUAUCGGGAUUUUGUAGUAAUCGAAAAUGGACGUCGAGUGAUCUAUGUUGUGAUCCUCCGUGCUAUUUAUGGGAUGUUACAGGCUUUGUUGUUAUGGUACCGAAACCUGAGGGCAUCGCUGGAAGAAUACAGAUUCGUGUUUAAUGUAUACGAUCCGUGCAUUGCGAAUAUGAUGGUCAACGAAAAGCAAUGGACUAUCAGGUUUCAUGUUGAUGAUGUGCUAAGUAGCCACAUGGAACAAAGAGUUCUUGAGGAUUUCUUUACAUGGAUAAAUGAGAGAUACGGAGGACUAAAGGAAGUGACUUGUACACGUGGACGAGUUCACACCUACCUGGGAAUGACAUUGGAUUAUUCAAAGAAAGGCAAGCUGAAGAUUCGAAUGGACGAUUAUGUUCAAAGAAUGCUUGAUGAGUUUUCUGUCAAGUUUAAAGUGGAUGACAAACAGGAAACACCUGCUGGCAAUAAUUUGCUGGAGGUAGGAAAAGGAAAACUAUUGAAUAAAGAUCAACAGACCGAGUUUCACCGGUUUGUUGCAAAACAUUUGUUUUUGACCAAACGCGCGCGUCUGGAUAUGCAUCCGACGGUGGCAAUUUUGGCAUCACGAGUUCAAAACCCAAAUCAGAGUGAUUGGCAUAAACUCGUGAGACUUAUGAGAUACAUGCACUCUACCAAGAAAUGGCAUCUCACGCUGAGCGCUGACAACCUUCGUGUAAUGAAGUGGUAUGUUGAUGCGUCUUUUGCGGUUCACCCUGACUUCAAGAGUCACACAGGAGGAGUGAUGACCAUGGGUGGUGGAGCCAUGCAGGCUAUGUCCAAGAAACAGAAGUUAAACAGCCGCAGCAGUACACAUGCGGAACUAAUUGGAGUAGAUGAUGCGAUCACACAAGUGUUGUGGACACGCAUGUUCAUGGAAGAACAGGGUUAUCCGAUUGAGAAGAAUAUCUUGUAUCAAGACAACAUGAGCUCUAUUCUCCUCGAAAAGAACGGGAGAUCGAGUGCAGGAAAGAGAAGCCGCGCUUUGAACAUCCGCUAUUUCUUUGUCACUGAUCAGGUUGAGAAAGGAAAUCUUACGAUCGAACACAUGCCGACCGAUGACAUGUGGGGGGAUUAUAUGACGAAACCUUUGCAAGGGGAAAAAUUCCGCAAAUUUUGGGAAUUGAUCCAAGGGGAUCAGGAAGAUUAG